UCUCGUGUCUUUUAAGAGGUUCAAUAUUUACUGAGUGAUUUGCAAGAUGAAUAGCACCCUAAUCCUCCUGGUGGCCGUUGGUCUUUCGUGCUUGAUGGCAGCCCAAGCAGCAUCCUCAUUCGGCGUUCUGGCUGGCCUAGGAGCCUUGACGAGCGCUAUAAGUAAGCGCAGAUAUCACGGUGCUAGCCAUGGACGCGGCCAUGGUCAUGGGUACAGAGCCCCUAAAAGAAAGUACCGUCUCCGUUAUCGCCGAUCCGUUGCAGCAGCAGCUGAGGAAGAUGACGAUCUGAUUUUAUCGGCAGUAGGACAACUGGAUCCCAACACGUGCGUCCCCAAGAUGUUUUGCCUCGUGCAGGCGAAGGACGAAUCUGAUCGCACACUGAAAGAGAACAUGCUUGUGGAAGUCUUAACCGAUAAGACUAUGAAGCCAAACUCCUACAACGCUGCUUUCGUCUACGCUAGAGACGUGGCCACUAACACCAAAGACUCCUCUGCGUGCAAGAAAGCUUUCCCCAAAUGCUCACUUGGUGAAGAGGAACUGAGUGAGCUGUUGAAUGUAGCAUGGGGCUGUGACUGCAGCGCGGGAGGAAAAGAGUAAAGUUGGCAGCUACAAACUGCGCUGCAGUUGGAGUUGUU